CCACUUGGCGAGGUGCCCGUGGCUGAUUGCUCCAUCGCGACUGUCUGCUGCAUGCCCUUGAUAAGAGGAGACCCGAAGCGCACGCGAUCGUCGCGUCCUCGUGCGCCCUUCCCGACGGGUUGACGUACGGGGCGCCGCGCCCUCGCCGGGGGAGACGUCCCCUGCGGUCCGGAGGGCGAACCGCUCGUUUGCGCCACUAUAAGAAUGGAGCCGCAAGCCGGGCGGCCAGGUGCGAGCGAGCGAGUGCGAAGUGAAGCCGCAUUGGAUUACGCUGCCACCUUGUCUGCCGUGUCUGCGCGCAUACGCAUGCGGUCCCGACUGUGCUGCCUUUCCCUGGAAUCGUCAUAAAACACUGCUCCCCGGAUCCGGUGCGCCUGUCUUGCACCCUCCCCUCUUGACCACAACAUACGGCUCGCGUGCUAGCGAACAUGGCCGACGUCGACCUUGAAAGCGGGAAGGAGAAGGGCUACAGCUCGCCCUCGGUGGACUCGGGAGCGCAGCAUGGCUACGGCGAGACCGAGGUCAAGACCGGGUCCAAGUGGGAGAACUUCAGGGACAGCUUCAAGAGGAAUCCGAAUGCCCGCGUCGUGACCGAGGCCCUGGACGAGGAGGGUCGACCGCUGCCGGAGCAGCCGCCUGCUGAGCCGGCCCUGAGCAUGAAGCUCAAGGAUCGCCAUUUGCAGAUGAUUGCGAUUGGCGGUUCUAUCGGCACGGGUCUCUUUGUUGGCUCGGGUUCUGCUCUGUCGUCUGGCGGUCCCGCCUCUCUGAUCCUGGCUUAUGGACUCAUCGGCAUGAUGCUGUUCUGCACCAUCCAAGCUCUGGGCGAACUUGCAGUUGCGUUCCCAGUCGCCGGAUCUUUCGCAGUCUAUGCCUCGCGGUUUCUGGAUCCCGCCUGGGGCUUUGCCAUGGCUUGGAACUACGCACUCUCCUGGCUCGUGACACUCCCCCUCGAGAUCGUCGCUGCUUCCAUCACACUCCGCUUCUGGAGCGGUGCAAGGGAUACAAAUCCUGCCGCAUGGGUCACCAUCUUCCUCUUCGUCAUCAUUUCCAUAAACAUGUUUGGCGUGAAGGGCUACGGAGAAGCAGAGUUUGUCUUUUCUAUUAUCAAGGUUACGGCCGUCCUGGGCUUCAUCAUCCUCGGUAUAAUUAUCGACACGGGCGGUGUCCCAGGCGGUAACGGUUAUAUGGGAGCAAAGUACUGGUACAAUCCCGGAGCUUUCAACAACGGCUUCAAAGGGCUCUGCUCCGUCUUUGUGACGGCUGCCUUCUCUUUCCAAGGAACUGAACUGGUUGGACUCUGCGCCGCUGAGACGGAGAAUCCACGCAAGACCCUGCCCAAGGCCGUGAAGCAGGUGUUCUGGAGAAUCACGCUGUUCUACAUGGUAUCACUAACAAUCGUCGGCUGCCUGGUACCCUACACCGACGACAAGCUCCUCGGCGCUAGCACCGACGCCAACGCCUCCCCCUUCGUCAUCGCCGUGCGCAACGCGGGAAUCAACGUCGUCCCCUCGAUUAUGAACGUCGUCAUCCUCAUUGCCGUCCUCUCCGUCGGCAACUCCUCCAUCUACGGCUCCUCGCGCACCAUCGCCGCCCUCGCCGACCGCGGCCAAGCCCCCAAGAUCUUCGGCUACAUCGACCGCUCCGGCCGGCCCCUUGUCGCCAUCAUCUUCUCCUCUUGUUUCGGUUUCAUCAGCUACAUUGUGGCUGCCGGUUCCGACACCAGCGACAAGGCCUUCGCGUGGAUGAUGGCGAUUUCGGGUCUUUCUGCCAUCUUCAACUGGGGCUCCAUCUGCCUGUGCCACAUCCGCUUCCGCCAGGCGUGGAAGUACCGCGGUCACACGCUCGACGAGCUCGCCUUCAGGUCGCAAGCCACCGUCUGGGGCUCCUGGGCGGGUCUCAUCUUCAACGGGCUUGUCCUGGUAGCGCAGUUUUGGACUGGCUUUGCGCCCGUUGGGUACGGGGAGAUGACGACCACCGAGCUGGUGGAGAACUGGUUCAAGGCGUACCUCGCGGCGCCCAUUGUCAUUGCGUGCUAUCUCAUCUUCAAGUUUGUGAAGAAGACUAGGUUCAAGAGGAUCAACGAGAUUGACAUCACUUCUGGGCGGAGAGAGUUGGAUUUGCCGGCGCUGCUAGCGCAAGAAAGAGCCGAGCAAGCGCAGUGGCCCAAGUGGAAGAAGGCGUGGAAUGUCUUGUGUUAGUGGAGGGGGUCGUGGUGCGGGGAUGCUGACCACAUACUUGCUGCGUGUCAGCCUUGAAGCGGGUCCUUGGACUUCGAAUACAGCAUCAUCUUACAGCUAUCUAGGGCUUAGAGCGGAAAAUUACAGUGUAGAUCCCCAGAAUGGAAGUAGUACGUUCUAAAAGCUGAGAUGCAGUGAACAAGGCUGAUGACAGAGCUUGCGAAGGACAGCGUUGUUGGCUGCAUUGCGACUUGUAUUCGG